AUGCCACCUCCAGGUCCGCCACCACCUGACCCAUCUUUAAAGCCAUGUCCACCACAAGGCACAUAUAAAUUCCCACCAAAGUCUCCUCAACCGUUGCCAUCAGUACCACCUUGCACAUGCCCGUGUCCAUCAGACCCAUCUCCAAGACAAGAGACACCAAAGAACGUAACCGUACCGGCGUUGUUUGUGUUUGGGGAUUCGCUUGUAGACACAGGAAAUAACAAUAAUGUAAGCACACCUCUCCGGUGUAAUUUUCGACCGUAUGGUAUCGAUUUCUUACAAGGUGUUCCCACUGGUCGGUACAGCGAUGGCAAAGUCCCUUCCGACUUUUUAGCGGAGUAUUUGGGGAUAAAAUCGGUCGUGCCAGCAUAUAUGGAUCCAAGAUUGCAACCAAAUGAUUUACUCAGCGGUGUAUGCUUUGCUUCGGGUGGUAGUGGUUACAUUCCUAUGACACCCACAUAUUUGAACGUGAUACCAAUGUUGAACCAAUUGACAUAUUUCCAACAAUACAUAUCGAGAGUGAGGAAGUUAGUAGGACAAGAAAAGAGCGAUCAUAUAAUAGCCAAUGGCUUAGCCAUUGUGUUCGCAGGUAGCAACGAUAUGGGCAUUACUUAUUAUGGUCCAGGUGGUCAAUGGGUCAAAGAUGAUAUCUACUCUUUUACCUCUAAUAUGGUUGAGUCUGCCACCAGUUUCGUCAUGCAAUUAUAUGGAUAUGGAGCAAGACAUAUAGGAGUGGCAGGAAUGACACCACUGGGAUGUAUACCAGCACAAAGAACUCUAAAAGGAGGUCCUCAUAGAAAAUGUGCUCAAGAUGUUAACUUCGCUGCUCAGAUUUUCAAUGCCAAACUCUCGGUUGCUUUAGAUCAUUUGGCUAAAACUCUACCGGAUUCUAAAUUGAUCUUCAUGGACAUUUAUUCUCCAUUCAGCCAGAUUCUAGAAAACCCCGCGGAUUACGGGUUUGAAGUGAUAAAUAGAGGGUGUUGUGGAACCGGACUAGUGGAAACAGGUCCACUUUGCAACCAAGAGACAUCAACUUUUCCAUCCAUCGCAAAGAUUAUAUGA